CAAAUAAUUUUCAAAUUAUCCAUUAAUAAUUUAUAGUAGUCUUUUAGGUUAUUAGGUUUUCAAGAACAAUGUUGACAAAAAUAUUAUUUUGUGGUUUAAUUUCUUUAGUGCUAAGUGAGAAAGUGCGGUAUGAUAAUUAUACUCUUUACAAAAUCCGGCCUCAAAAUGAGAAUCAUCUGUCUUUCCUGAACGCUCUCUUUGAGUCAUCGAAUGACUAUGAAUUCUUGAAUCCUCCUUCAUUAAAUUAUGACUACAUUAGUCUAGUGUCACCUCCAGGUCUAAAGAAUGACCUGGAACAUUCUAUGAGUAAAAGAAGCAUCCAAUCGGAAGUCAUUUUGGAAAACAUACAAGAAGCAUUCGACGCACAGCUGUACAGCCGUCGCAAGCGCAGCAUCAGGCAGGAGCUGUUCUGGACUGGUUUCCAGACGCUAGAAGACAUCAACGCCUGGAUACAGUACAUGACCGAGACCCACCCUAGAGUGGUCUCCACUGUUGUUGCCGGGAAGUCUUACGAAGGUCGUAACAUAACUGGUAUAAAGAUAUCCAGAGGUUCUGGCAGACAAGCUUUUGUACUAGAAGGCGGAAGCAUAGCAUCUGAUUGGGUAUCUCCAGUCAUCCUCACAUACAUCGCAAACCAGCUGAUCACAGGUGAAGACAAUGAAGCCAAGAAGGCCUCUGAAGACUUCGACUGGUACAUUUUCCCCAUAUUAAACCCUGAUGGAUACGAGUAUACACAGGAUGAAGUUAGGCUGUGGAGGAAGAAUAGAGCGCCGACGACAGGACGCAAUAUCGGCACAGAUCUGACCAAAAACUGGAACUCGCAUUGGGGAGCAAGUGGAGGAAGCCACACGCCGUCGGCAGCAAAUUUCGUGGGACUUGGACCUUUCUCGGAACCAGAGACUAGGCAGUUCUCAGACUAUCUCCUGAACAUCAACCAAGCUAUGGCUGGCUUCUUAUCCUUCGGCUCUUUCGGCCAAAAGCUUGUCAUUCCAUUUGCACAUACUGACGACGCUUUGUAUAAUUUCAAUGAUAUGGUGACUAUAGGAAGGCGUGCGAUGGGAUCUCUCGCUGUCAAAUACGGAACCAUGUACCAAGUAGGAAACUCUCGCGCUGUAUCUGACGGUUCGACCGGAGCCAUGGCUGACUGGGUGAAGUACCGGUUCAACCCGCCCAUAGCGGCCUCCUUCCUGCUGCGGGACAGCGGCGUCCCGCCCGCGAUCCUGCCCGCUAGGGAAGUGCUGCCAUCUUGUGAGGAAACCUUCGACGCUUUGAUGGCCAUUUUGAGAGAGGCGAGGUUUAUUGACGUUUUAUACUUAUAUUCAAGUUUCGAUUGUCGUAACGAUACGUCCAUUAUGUUGGGAAAAACAGUUUUUGUUUUUCUCGUUGCAAUAGUUUACGCAACUGAUGAGAAAGUCAGAUAUGACAACUACACAGUAUAUAAAAUCUUUCCAACCAAUGGGAAGGACAUAGAAGUUCUCUCGAAGCUUCAAGAGAAGGAUUUCAGAUAUGACUUUUGGUCUGAAGCGGUUCCUGGUGCUGAAUUCGUUGAGAUUAUGGCCGCUCCAGCUGACAAAGCAGAACUUGAAAUUCUUGCGAAGGACUACGGCAUGAAAAUUGAAAUUGUAAUGAGUAAUGUCCAAGACGUGAUCGACAAGCAAAAAGUUGCAAGAUACACCAGCCGUAACAUAAAAUCCAUGGGCUGGGACGCUUAUUACAAUCUCAACGAUAUAAACAACUGGCUUGACGAUCUAGUGGCCACUUACCCCAGAAUUGUAACAUCAAUAAUAGGUGGCUCUACCUACGAAGGAAGACAAAUCAAGGGUAUUAAAAUUUCCCACGGUUCAGGUAGAAAAGCCGUGUUUUUGGAAGGAGGAAUACACGCUAGGGAGUGGAUUUCGCCAGCUACUGUCAACUUCAUUGCUCACGAGUUGCUGACCAGUAAUGAGACAGACACGGUUGCAGCGGCAAGAGAUUUUGAUUGGUACAUAUUCCCAGUCACCAACCCUGAUGGGUAUGUCUGGACUUUUGAAAAUGAAAGAAUGUGGCGUAAAAACCGUAGACCUGUGGCUUUUAAUGCUAUAGGUAUUGAUUUGAAUAGGAACUGGAACAACAAUUGGCUCCGCAUUGGUGCCAGCGCCCAACCGAUCUCCGACUCGUAUGCUGGACCCGGCCCGUUCUCUGAGAUCGAGACCAGGACUUUGUCAGAAUACCUCAGAGGCAUCGCAGAUCAGCUCGAGCUGUACCUCUCCUUCCACAGCUACAGUGAGCUGUUGUUGUUGCCCUUCGGAAACACUACGGUGCCGUACGCUAACUAUAAUGAUGCGUUGAACAUUGGCAGAAGAGCUAUGGGCGCGCUAUCUGUCCGUUACGGAACUUCAUACAGUGUUGGAAAUAUUGCAGAAAUUAUUUACGCAGCCACCGGAGGCAGCAUAGACUGGGUGAAGGACCACCUGAAGGUGCCUCUAGUCUACUGCUAUGAGCUCAGAGACAAGGGCCGGUUCGGCUUCAUGCUCCCCGAAGACCAGAUCUUGCCGAACAACCAGGAGGUGAUGGACUCUGUGCUGGACCUGAUACAUCAGGCCAAGAGAUUCGGGUACAUGAGCGGACAGAGACGAUGGCCGUGAAAUGUGGAUGGGUGGAAUUUGGAAUUAAAAUAAUUUUAUCUUU